UGUGGGCUUUUUUUUUUUUAAUAUUUUUCCUGGUUCAACCUUCACUCUACCUCCCAUGGACGAGCCUCAGAAAAUCAUGGCUACUGCGCUCAGAGCACCUCUCUGCUCUCGACUGAUCCCUUCUCUCAAAUCUUACUCUCUCUCCUCUGCAUCACCCCAAGCUCUUCAUUUCAAUCUUCUUUCAAAGCCUCUUUCUCUCUCUUCACCCCAUGCUUCAUCCAAGCUAAGAAAGCGUGCUUCUCUCACUCUGGUUUUCUCUCUCCAAAAACUCUCCGAGACCCAGGCCUUCCCUGUUUCCGGUGAAGAGGGAGAAUUUUUAGGAAAAUUCCCCUCUGAUUCUGGUGUGUAUGCAGUGUUUGAUAAGGAUUCACACCUUCAGUUCAUUGGAAUCUCUCGUAGUAUCGCUGCUAGUGUUGCUGCUCACAAGAAAGCUCUUCCAGAGCUCUGUUUUUCUGUAAAGUUUGGUGUGGUGGAUGACCCAGACCGUGCUGCUUUAACUAAUGCUUGGAAGUCAUGGAUGGAAGAGCGCAUCUCAUCAGUUGGCAAAGUACCUCCUGGUAAUGAGUCUGGCAACACGACAUGGGUUCGAAGGCCUCGACAAAAACCAGACUUGCGAUUGACACCUGGUCGCCAUGUUCAAUUGACAGUCCCAUUGGAGGAGCUUAUCGACCAAUUGGUUAAAGAAAAUGAGGUGGUGGUUUUCAUAAAAGGGUCUAGAUCUUCUCCUCUGUGUGGGUUCUCACAAAGAGUAGUGGGCAUAUUGAAUGAGGCCGGGGUGGAUUAUGAGUCAGUGGAUGUGCUCGACGAGGAGUACAAUUCAGGGCUUAGGGAGACACUGAAGAUGUAUAGCAAUUGGCCAACUUUCCCACAAGUGUUUGUGAAAGGGGAAUUGGUUGGAGGUGCUGAUAUCCUCUCAUCCAUGGCUGAUAAUGGUUCACUAGCACAGCUUUUCCGGAGAUAGCUUUUGCAGGUGCUGCUUCCAAUUUUGUGUUGGUAUGGUGGUUUAGGAUGUGUUUUACCUUUGUAUGCUUAUUCCAACUUUGUUUAUGUAAUAUUGCCCUUCCCAACAUAUGUUAUGGCAUAAAAAGCUUCCUCUCUGGAAUGAUUUUUGGUUGCUUCUUGUACUCUAUCACUAAAUAUAUGUUUGCAUAAAUGGAGAUGUGUAUGUAGAUGUGUGUAUA